UGUGUAUUCAUAGCUCUUGUGUAUAACUAAUAUAUACAGUAUUUACAUAAUAAUCAGAACUGUAAAAGCCCUUCAGCCUUUAUUUAAACAGCCAAGCUGAGGGAGAAAUCACCAAGGGGACAGCAGAGAACACCCCAACCAUUCCCAGAAAAAUUAACUUGCUGCAGUUUCAUUUUCCAUGGUAAUUGUUCCACUAUACCGCUCUACAGCCUGACCACUGCCCUACACGAUUCAUUUACUAUUUCAAGGACCCUGUGAAAAUCAUGUGAUUUAGCUGUAAAUGUCCCCUCAUCACAGCCAGCCCAUAUAAGUGACAUGUAUAUUCAUGACACUGAAACCCCCACUAGAGCCUCCAUCUGAGACUCCAUUUGUUCUUAGGUCAGAUAAGAAGAACCUUGUUCUCUGGACACAGCUGAAUGGGCUCUCUGUGAGGAGAGAGAAAGACUGGGGGGUGGCGGUGCACAAAGAAUGGGAGUUGGAGACGAGAAUGUGCGUGAGGAAAGGAAAUAGAACAAGUUGCUGAAAGGGAAAAAAAGUGAACUAGGUGAAAAAAGAACAAAGUUGAAUUGCAGUCAAGGAGACAUAAAAAUGAGGAACUGUGGGAGACUAGAGGUUAAUGACAGUGCGGAGGAAGAGCAAGCCAAGGCUUCGAGUUGAUAGUGAUAGGAGGCGCAGGCGGGGCCAGGUGGGAUCGAGCGGACUUGAGCUGUGACUGGAUCACUACCUCCUGCCUGUGUCAGUCCGCAGAGACACCAAGGGGACCGCUCGCACUUUGUCUAUGGCUGAAUAGAAAGAGAAUGGCUCCGUGAGGUCUCAGGUCACACAUAUACUCGCAGAGACAAGACUGUUGCGAGAAGGAACACCUGGAACAGAGAUGAAUUGUGUGCAGUCCCAAGGAAAGUUAUGGCGCUCCAUAUGGAAAGGUUUGGCACUAGGGACCCUUCUCACCAGCUUCUUGAUCCUCCUGUAUUCCUAUGCUGCGCCACCCUUAAGCCUCAGCAGCACAGACAACCCUGUAGCAUUCCAAUGUUUUGCAUCUUCACCUCCUAUUGCCUCAAGACGACUCACAAAUUCUUCUGCUAAAGGGACAACACAGUGCCAACCACAGCGCAACCUCUUGUUCCUGAAGACCCACAAGACUGGAAGUAGCACUAUCCUUAACAUUCUUUUUCGUUAUGGACAAAAAAAUCACCUUCGCUUUGCAUUUCCCCGUGGACGGAAUGACUUUGGCUACCCAGAUUAUUUUCAGCGCUGGCAGGUAGAGGGUUACCAGCCUGGUGCCUGCUUUAAUGUCAUCUGCAACCACAUGCGUUAUCAGCAUUCUGAAGUAAGGUCACUUCUGCCACAAGAUGCUACUUUCGUUACUGUACUCCGAGAUCCAGCACUCCUCUUUGAAUCCUCUUUCCAAUAUUUUGCCAGAGUUAUUCCUCUAACGUGGAAGCUGCCAGGUUCUAAUAACAUGCAAAAGAUGGAGGCAUUCCUCCACAGCCCUCAUCGUUACUAUGAUUCAAGUGGCUUUAAUGCCCACUACCUGCAUAACCUACAGGCUUUUGACCUUGGUUAUGAUAAUGAUGUGGAAGACCUCAAUGUGAAGGAGGUGUUGGUUGAGUUGGAUAGACGUUUCCACUUGGUCAUGCUUCUAGAAUAUUUUGAUGAAUCUUUACUGCUUUUGCGUGAACUAAUGUGUUGGGAAAUAGAUGAUAUACUCUACUUUAAACUGAAUGCACGCAGAGACUCUGGUGCUUCCCGUCUGAGCCCUGAGAUGUACCAUCUGGCACAUAAGUGGAAUACUGUUGACACACUGAUUUAUCAGCACUUCAAUUCAACAUUCUGGAGAAGAGUUGAAGAGUAUGGCAGCGAAAGGAUGCAUCACGAUGUGCUUGAGCUCAGGAGAAGGAACGAAGAACUAAAGAAUGAGUGCAUUGCAGGAGGGGGGCCUGUUGAUUCCAGCAACAUUGUAGAGUCUGGACUACAACCCUGGCAGCCAAUUGGGCAGAAAACUAUCCAGGGAUAUAACUUAAAAAACAAUAUUUCACCCAAGCACAAGCAGUUGUGCAGAAAUAUGCUGACUCCUGAAAUACAGUACAUGAGCCAGCUUGGUGCAGAUUUGUGGGUCACACAACUGUGGGGAAAUAUCAGGUCACUGAUCAAGUGGUGAUUGUGUACUUUAAUUAGCCCAGUUUUUAAAAGAGAUUGAAAAAGUCACAUAUGAACUGGUGACUGCCAGCAAGAGUUAUGGUGUUUGAGGAAAUCACUUUUUUUUAAUGAGACUGGUACAAAAAAAUAAGCAUGACUGGCAGUCGCCAUGAGACAGUGAGUCUGAAGUGUUUCUAAAGCAAAAUAGUAUUUUUUUGGCAAGUGUAAGGGUUAAUAUAAGAAUUCUGCAACAGUAGUCCAGAUCGAUCUGAAAUCAAUGAAAAUUUAUGAUGCGUUCACACUACUGCACCACUGUUUCAAUUUAAAGAACAGAGGAAACUGAGAGAAAGUCCCGUCAUUUCAGUUUUAAUGGUGCUGUAUGGCAAUUGAUCAUGUUGAACAUAAAAAGGACUGCAGACUAGACAGUCGAAUUGCUGAAUGAACUAUGCUACACCCCUCCAAAUGUGUUUCAGUGUUAUUCAUUUGUAAUUCUUACAGUACAUGGGCUAUGCUAUGAGCACUUCCUCUCAUUAUACAAAUACUGCAUGGAAGCAAGAGAUCUUCCUAAAUUGAGGGGCACAGGAUCUUUAUCAACACAUACAUUUUUGGCUGGAUCUGUUUUGCUUACAUAUUGAAAAUCCUUACUGUCUUUUUGCCUUCCAUGCUGCCAGCCUGGACAUUGUUGCCUCAUGAUAAUAAUAAAAAAAAAAAAAAACACCAUUAUUUGCAGGAAAAUUCUAAAUUCUAAAUAAAUCAUGUCAAAUAAAUCCUGGUUCAGUCUGCAACAAAGCAUUGGAUCAUGUAGUGUAAGGAUAAACUGCAACAUUCACUUAGGAAACUUGCUUCACAAUAAAUCCUUAUAGUCAACAUAUUUGUCCUUGGGACAAGUCCACAGCCAUUUCUUUUUGUUGCACUAAAUGGGCCAAUAUAUAUAUAUAUAUAUAUGUAUAAAUGUAUAUGUUAUAUAUUUAUAUAACUAUGUAAUGCAUUGUACAUUAGGCAAUAAAACAUACAAACGUAGGAUACUUGGAUACACUGGAUUUGUUAUGGUUCUGCCUGUGGCCAUAUCUUAC